AUGGAUGUUGUAUGCAGCGGAGUUGUUCUUCUCAUGAUACUGCCUAUUGCACCAGUUGCAGUAGCAGCAGCAAAGGAGUCUGCUGUGAAUUUAUUGGAAGCUGAAGCACUGCGCAAGAGUGGCUGGUGGGGAGACAGUAGUGCUACUGCAACAAACAUCUCUGCCCACUGCCAGUGGCCUGGUAUCGUUUGCAACGAUGCUGGUAGUGUUACCGAAAUACUACCACCGUAUGACUACAAAAUUGGAGAUAAGCUGAGAAAUUUAAGCUUCUCUUCUUUUCCGAACCUGGUUAGACUGGAUCUCAGUGGAAAUGGUCUAUACGGAGCCAUCCCACAUCAAAUAGGUGCACUCUCCAAACUCACCUAUCUCAAUUUGUCUUCCAACAGAUUUCAAGGUGAGCUUCCAUCUUCUCUGAUAAACCUUACGCAACUAGCACAUCUCAAUGUUUCUUUCAACUGGAUUGACAGCUUAAUUCCUCCGGGUAUCGGUAAAUUGACAAAUUUGGUUACUCUAGACUUGAGCCACAAUUCUUUUGGGGGUCGCAUCCCUCCAACUCUUGGCCAAUUGUCCAAUUUAACUUUCCUCGACCUCAGUAAUAAUAUCCUCAGUGGAACAAUUCCUUCAGCUCUUUUUAAUUUGACAAAUCUUUUCCGGCUAUACAUUCACUCGAAUCCCUCAAUGGGAGGAUUUCUCCCAAAAGAAAUAGGAAAUUUGAAGAGUUUAGUUGAAUUAGACUUGAGUUACAGUGGAUUUUCUGGCAGUAUCCCUCCAACUCUUGGACAAUUGUCCAACCUUGACUCUCUUGACCUUAGCAAUAAUCACUUCAAUGGAACAAUUCCUUCAGUGUCCUUCCUUCAGCUCUUUGCGGCCUAA